AUGUUGAUAUCAAGAUCCCAACUACGAAGAAGUGACCAAACUAUAAGCAUGAUGGGAUACAAUUUUGAAAUAGUUGAAAAUUUUAAAUACCUUGGUGCGCAAAUAAAUGCUACACAUUUAUUUAAAUCCAAAAUUCUAUCAAAAUCGUGCAAAACACAACUAUAUAAAACAACAUUACGUCCUAUUUUAAGCUACAAUGCUGAAACGUGGUCAUUAACGCAAUAUGAUAUAAAUAAUCUGAAAACCUUUGAAAGAAAGAUACUGCGGAAAAUUUUUGGACCAAGAUUGAACGAAUAUAAUGAGCAUGAAAUAAGGUCAAAUCAAGAACUAAUGAACCUUAUAAAAAAUGAGGAUAUAGUAAGAUUCAUCAAAUCUCAAAGAUUAAGGUGGCUAAGACAUCUCAAUCGAAUGGAUGAAUCAAGGGCUCCAAAAAGAAUUUUCGAAGCAAGACCACUUUUUCAAAGAAACAUUGGAAGACCAAGGUCGAGAUGGAAGGACGACGUAGCAGAAGAUUGGCGUAAAAUGAAUAUAACAAACUGGCAGCAACUAACAACGGAUCGAGAAGGGUGGAGAAGAAUUGUUAAUCCAGCUAGGGCUCAUACCGGGCUGUAA